UGAGCUAAAACGUCAAACGAAUUGAAAUCUUCUGGCGAACGCGAGCGUCUUUUUGGUCGCGCUUGCAUUUUCCUUAAAAAAUUGUGGAAAUCUUUGAAAAAAGCUUGAUUAUUUGGUCGCUUUAGUUUGAACCGAUAUUAUUCAAACCUUUCGCAAUGGAUGAUGGUGAUUAUGACAACGACGAUGUCGGAGGAGACGAAUUCGACGACGUAGAAGAGGACGAUAACAUUGACGAGCUGAACCAGGAGGAAGAUGGAGAUAAUAUUGAACUAAUAACACCCGGGCAAGCUGGUGGUGGAGUUCCAAAGUCAAAACGGAUAACCACCAAGUAUAUGACCAAGUACGAACGGGCUCGAGUUCUUGGCACUAGGGCACUGCAGAUUGCAAUGUGCGCUCCGAUUAUGGUGGAAUUGGAAGGCGAAACCGACCCUCUGCAAAUUGCCAUGAAGGAACUCAAGCAACGGAAGAUACCCAUCAUCAUUCGACGGUUUCUGCCGGACGCUUCGUAUGAAGAUUGGAGCAUUGACGAGCUGAUUAUCAUUGAUCAUUAAUGCAGUUCUGAAAGUAUGUUUGUGUGAAUGUAUGAGUUUAUUUGAAUAUAUUAUAAGGAAGUCUCAA